AGUUAUGCAGCGCAUCUUACAUCUACUCAACGCACUUCAACAGCCAUAAAGAAAUACGCGAGGUCGGAUUCAGGUUAAUAAUUGGUUAAAUAUAUUUUCAUCGACAAAACGUGGCAAACAAGCAGGAGUAACUCCAGAUGAAACUACGGAUCGUUUCUAUCUAGUACAUCUUUUUGCAAUUCAAACAUACUGUUAUAACAAUGGAGUUCAUUAAAGAGGAAAGUGAAGACUUGAGUUAUUCAGAGCCAUGCAGAGUGAAAGAUGAAGGUACUGAGGAACUGAGAGAUUUGAUGAAAGUGAAGGAAGAAAACGACCUGAAUGACUUUGACGAGAAGCACCAUUACUAUCAGAAUUCCUCUGAUUUCAGUCCAGCAGAAAAACCUUUUAGUUGCUCACAGAGCGACGAGCAUUUCAGCCAAGACGAGACUAAACGAAAGCAAGCCAAACGUUCAUUAACCUGCCCUGACUGUGGAAAGAGUUUCAGACAAAAAUACUUCCUGACGCUGCACGUAAGAGUCCACACCGGAGAGAAGCCGUUCACGUGUGUGGAGUGUGGAAGGAGUUUCCCACGUAAAGACAGGCUUAAAACACACAUGAGAAUCCACACCGGAGAGAAGCCGUUCAAGUGUCCUCAGUGCGGGAAGAGAUUCAGAGAGAAGAAAAACCUUCAGAUUCACAUAAGAGUUCACACUGGAGAGAACCCCUUCACCUGCCUUCAGUGCGGAAAGAGUUUCAAACAAAAAUCAAACCUGAACACUCAUAUGUGGAAACACACUGGAGAAACGCCUUUCACGUGUCAUCACUGCGGAAAGAGCUUCACAUGCAAGGGGAACCUUAAAAUUCACGUGCAAAUUCACACCAGAGAGAAGCCGUUCAAAAAAAAGAGCUCACGUGUGCUCCGAGUGCGGCAAAGCCUUUACAUUACAUACUUUUGCAAUUCAAACGCACUGUUUAUAACGAUGGCGGUUAUUAAAGAGGAAAGUGAAGACUUGAGUUAUUCAGAGCCAUGCAGAGUGAAAGAUGAAGGUACUGAGGAACUGAGAGAUUUGAUGAAGGUGAAAGAAGAAAACGAAAAACUGAAUGACUUUGACGAGAAGCACCACGACUAUCAGAAUUCCUCCGAUUUCAAUUCUGAAGAAAAACCUUUUAGUUGCUCACAGAGCGAUGAGCAUUUGAACCAAGAGCCUUCAUUCACCUGCCCUGAAUGUGGAAGGAGUUUCAGUCAAAAACAACAUCUGACCAGACACAUGAGAGCUCACACUGCAGAGAAGCCGUUCACAUGUGUGGAGUGUGGAAAGAGUUUCACACACCACGAAAGGCUAAAUACGCACAUGAAAAUCCACACCGGAGAGAAGCCGUUCACGUGUCCUCAGUGCGGAAAGAGAUUCACGCAGAAAUCAAACCUGAACACUCAUUUGAGGAUUCACACUGGAGAAAAACCCUUCGCAUGUCAUCACUGCGGAAAGAGCUUCACAUGCAAAGGAAACCUUAAUAUGCAUGUGCGAAUUCACACCAGAGAGAAGCGGUUCACAUGCCCUCAGUGUGGACUGAGUUUCACUGAGAAAAAAGUCCUUAAGAAUCACAUACGAAUUCACACUGGAGAGAAACCCUUCACGUGUCUUCAGUGCGGAAAAAGCUUCACUCGGUCAGGAUCCCUGAAAAUACACGAGCGACUGCACACCGCAGCGAAGCCGUAUCACUGCGCUUCAUGUAGGAGGAGAUUCAGUUUGGUUUUCUUUCAUAUCUGCACAUCGUCUUACUAUCAGCCUUGAUUAUUCUAGUGUGUUAAUUAAAAGGCUACAUGUAUAUCUGCUAAUUGUUUAUGAGAUGCAUUCAUGUAAGAGGCUGACAAUUACCUGAACUUAAACUUGUUUAAUUGGUGACACUUGGCCUACAUUA